CACCUUUCAUCCGAGUUACCAAUGCUAUUCUCUUCGAGGACAGCAUGCAGAGUAUUACUCCGCUCUAAGACAGCUUCAACGGCUGUCCGCCACGCCCAGCAGCGACAGCUCCUUACUCUCGCCAUUGAAUCAUCAUGUGAUGAUUCUUCCGUCGCGAUUGUGGAAAAAAAUGGCGCGAACCCUCCGUCUAGCUGCACGGCUACCCUCCACUUCCUCGAAAACGUCACAGCAGACUCGCGGGAAUACAAGGGAAUUCACCCCAUGGUAGCCCUAGGCUCCCACCAAGAAAACCUCGCAAAACUAGUGCACAAGUCGCUCCAACACCUCCCACAAGCCACCGAACGGGACAGCAACGUCAAAUCCGUAUACAUUCAAUCUACAGACGGUAGCGCGUCCGUCCGCAGGCAAAAGCCAGAUUUUAUCUCCGUCACUCGAGGUCCUGGAAUGGUAUCUAGUUUAUCAACGGGAUUGGAUACGGCAAAGGGGCUAGCGGUGGCGUGGCAGGUUCCUCUGGUGGGAGUACAUCAUAUGCAAGCGCAUUUGCUGACUCCAAGAUUGGUUGCUGCGCUUGAGGCGCAGGCGCAGGCAGCGUCAACGCUCAAAGGAGUGGAGUUUCCUUUCCUGUCUAUAUUGGUGUCUGGUGGUCAUACGUUGCUGGUUCACUCUAAGUCCCUUAUCGAGCAUGAGAUCCUCGGCUCAACUGUCGACAUUGCGAUAGGAGAUGCACUGGAUAAAAUUGCGAGAAUGGCCUUGCCUACAUCUUAUAUUGAAGCGUCUAGAACGACGAUGUAUGGAAAAGCACUUGAGACAUUUGCUUUUCCGAAUGGAAAGGUAGAUUAUGCAAAUUACAAACCUCCGUCGAAUCGUGGAGAAGAGAUUGAGAAGUAUGAAGAUACCAGAUGGGGUUGGUCACUGACUAUGCCAUAUGCUGAAACACGGACAGUAGCAUUCUCUUUUGCAGGAUUAUUGUCGACGACUCAAAAGCAGCUUGAAGCCCAUAGGACUAAAUGGGAAGAAGGGGCCAAGAGAGAAACUGACGACUGGCUUCCUCAUGAUGCCCGGGUUUCGCUAUCACGAUUAUUUAUGCGUGUCUGUUUCGAGCACCUUGUCUCUAGAACCGUGUUCGCCUUAAGGAAGUUGCAGCAGCCAGAUAUCGAAAACUGGAGCAAAAAGGAGCGUCGAAAAGCCCAAGGGAGACUCCCCGGGCUUGGAAGCCCCGUGAAAACAAUCGUUAUUAGCGGUGGCGUUGCUGCCAAUCAGUUUCUGCGCAGCGUUUUUCGUUCUUUCUUGGAUGUUCGUGGAUUUACCGACGUUGAAAUUAUUGCGCCACCGAUGUACUUAUGUACGGAUAAUGCAGCGAUGAUUGGUUGGACUGGGAUUGAGAUGUUUGAAGCCGGAUGGAAAUCGGAUUUGAAGUGUCGAGCUUUGAGGAAAUGGGCACUUGACACUAAGGCAGAUGAUGGGGGAAUACUAGGUCCUGACGAUUGGAUGAGAGUUCAAUAACGGGUACUGGAUGGAAACAAUUUGUGCUUCCUACAAUUCUAUGCGGCUCAUACGAGAUGAUACCCCAGAGCAGUUCUUUAUAUUGUAUUAUUACUUUGUAUAUACGGCGACUUGGAGUGAUAGCUAUU